AACACAAAAGCCAAUUCACUUCCGGUGUAAGGAAGCCUAGCCGUCGCAAACAUGGCGGCAGGGCCGAUUUCAGAACGUAAUCAAGAUGCCACUGUGUAUGUGGGUGGCUUGGAUGAGAAGGUGUCGGAACCUCUCCUGUGGGAGCUCUUCCUGCAGGCUGGACCCGUUGUCAACACACACAUGCCCAAAGACAGAGUGACGGGGCAGCACCAAGGGUAUGGCUUUGUGGAGUUCCUGAGCGAGGAGGAUGCCGACUACGCCAUAAAGAUCAUGAACAUGAUCAAGCUGUACGGCAAGCCCAUCCGCGUCAACAAGGCCUCGGCGCACAACAAAAACCUGGACGUGGGCGCCAACAUCUUCAUCGGCAACCUGGACCCCGAGAUCGACGAGAAGCUCCUCUACGACACGUUCAGCGCCUUUGGCGUCAUCCUGCAGACGCCAAAGAUCAUGCGCGACCCCGACACGGGCAACUCCAAGGGCUACGCCUUCAUCAACUUUGCCAGCUUCGACGCCUCCGACGCGGCCAUCGAGGCCAUGAACGGCCAGUACCUGUGCAACAGGCCCAUCACCGUCUCGUACGCCUUCAAGAAGGACUCCAAGGGCGAGCGGCACGGCUCGGCGGCUGAGAGGCUGCUGGCGGCGCAAAACCCGCUCUCGCAGGCCGACCGGCCGCAUCAGCUGUUCGCCGACGCCCCGCCACCACCGACAGUGCCCACGCCCGUCUUGACCACCCUCGCGCAGGGCUUGCCCAUGCCAGGCAUGCCUCCACCAGGUGCUUUCCCGCCGGUUCCUCCGCCCGUCUCCAUGCCUCCUGGGAUGCCCCCGGGUAUGACCAUGCCCCCUGGCCCUGGGGGUGCCGGCGGACAAGGGGGACCAGGAGGACCUCCACCCGUCCCCCCACCAUUCCACCAUGGCAUGCAGCCACCAAACAUGCCUCCGAUGCCCAUGGCACCCCCUGCCCCGCCUGGCAUGGUGCAUCCUCCUGGACCUCCAGGUGCCAACCAGCACCAGCACCAGCAUCAGCACCAGCACAGGGCUCCCCCGCCAGGCAUGCCCCCACCCCCGAUGGGCAUGCCUCCCCGAUCGCAUUUCGCCCCUCCUAUGGGACCACCGAUGGGUAUGAGAGGCCCACCUCCUCCCAUGCCCCCGCCAGGCUACGGUGGCGGCCCGCCCCGGCCCCCUCCCUUCGGCUUCCAGAGAGGACCUCCGAUGCCUCCACGACCCCCACAGCCACCCAGGGGGCCCAUGAGACCAAUGCCCCCUUAGACUUCCACCGUCAGACGCAUCAUGUUUUUAAUUUCGUUCUUAGCUUUUUCACAGGUGACUUUUUGUUAUUUUGUAUCUAAUUUCUUCGUGUCAUUGACCAAUUUGUAAUUGGACAGAGAAUUAAAAUUUCUUUGCUUACA